UUCACCUCUCAUCCUGUCUCAGCUUCUUCGUCCUCCAAAGAACAGACUCAGCCAUGGCUUUCUGUGGACCAUCCUGCUCCAUCCCAUCCUGUGCUUCCACCCCAGUUGUUGGUUUAGGAUCAGCAGGUCUCGGCCCCUGUGGAUCGGGUUGGUUUGGUUAUGGUGCUGGCUAUGGCUCUGGUGCUGGCUAUGGCUCUGGUGCUGGCUAUGGCUCUGGUGCUCUGGUUGGAUAUGGCGUCCCUUCUUCUAGUCUUGGGGUGCUUCCCGGAGUUGUCAUUUCAUGCAUCAGCCAGGUCCCACCAUCAGAGAUCGUGAUCCAGCCACCUCCCGUCAUUGUGAUCAUCCCAGGACCCAUCCUCUCUGCUAGCCGUGGCAGUCGGAGGCAACACUCCAUGCACCGUUGGUGGCUAUGGAGCCGGAUUAUGGAGCGGAGGCUAUGAUGCUUCAGGUCUUCUUGGGUCUUCUGUGGGAGGGCGUCGCUGUGUUGGGUAUGGCACCAAGCGCAGAGGCAGCACCUGCUAUUACCCCUGCUAAGCUCUCAUGGACUGUCAACACAAGAAAGGGGACGGAAGUCCAAAAUAUUCAUGGUGGAAUAUUGAGAUCUGAGUUUAGAUAUGAGCACCCCGAUCCCAGCCAAUCCUAACUGGAACUGAGCGAGGGGCAUUCUGCAUCCCUGGAAAUCAGGCCCAUAUAGAUCUUUCAUGCAUUUGUUUCUGAUUUACACUAUGCUAUGCAUGCUCUCGUCUGAUAUUUAAUUACUUGCCUAAUGCUCUUCGGAAAACACACAACUUCACUGGAGAAAUUUGCACAGGAACCAUUCAUUCUGUCUACAAAAAUGUUGCUCAGUUAAAUGGGUAAAUCAGGGUAACUGGGGCUUUACAUA